AUUGACCGCACAAGUUUCGUUCUGCAAUGAACUGCGAAAAUUGCCUAACUUCAAAAGAAAGAGCAGAGCGAAUUGGGAAGAAAAGCGAUUUUGGCCUUUUCCGGGCGAAUGACUGGUGAAUGAGCCGUCCACAUGCCGUGCUUUUCUCCUUCUACUAUUUGUAUUUGUUCAACUACGCCUCCUCAGCUCGGCAAUCUGCUCGAUUUCAGGUUUCUGGUCAUGCUUCGGUCGGCAGUCGGGUGAUCGGUGUUCAUCGGUAGUUUGGGUGCUUGCAAGGUGGAUUUUGAUGCGUCUGUCGGAUUGUGAAGAUCGAGGAGAAGCGAAGAACAGAACAAUUAUCUAAAACUUUGUGAAACACCGAAAGCAUUCAGCUGUGUUUGAAUGGGAGAAACCAAGUUGAGCAGUGCCGGCAUAGACAUUAGCAGCAAGAAGAGAAAUUCCCCGAGGAAGGUGCUUGAUCCUUCAUUCUUUACACAGCUUCCUCGCAAGCUUCAGGACUGCGUGAAGUCACAGCUUAAGAUAUUCAGAGAGAAGAAUGAGGGAAUCAGUUUGCCUGGUUUCUUUCCAGUGAAGGAGAAGGUAUUGUCAACAACAGAUUACGAGGUCAAUUUGGAGGAGCAACUGCAAGCUUGGAAAGAAAAUCCAGUCUGGGUGGAUCGGACUCCAGAAAUAAAGGUCAGUGUACCUAAAGGGUCUCUUUGCAACCUCGGAGUUAAAGUCGAUGUUGGGUUACCCCCAGAUGCAGUGUACAAUAUCGUGAUUGAUCCUGAUAAUAAGAGGGUGUUCAAGAAUAUCAAGGAAGUGAUAUCUAGAAAAGUGUUGGUCGAUGAAGGUCUACGCCAGGUUGUUGAAGUGGAGCAGGCAGCCUUAUGGAAGUUCCUCUGGUGGUCAGGGACUAUAUCCGUCCAUGUUCUUGUGGAUCAAAACAGACUUGACCACUCGAUGAAGUUCAAGCAAGUGAAGACGGGGUUCAUGAAGAGAUUUGAGGGCCACUGGAGAGUCGAGCCGCUGUUUGUUGACGAAGAUAUCUGCUCUCCUCUUAAGCCUUCUACAUUGGAGGAUUAUAAAUCAUGUACUGGAGGCAAAGGAAGGGUCGCUUCAAGGGUGAGUUUGGACCAGCUGAUCCAACCUGCCCUGGUCCCUCCCCCACCCAUCUCGUGGUAUCUGAGGGGAAUAACAACCCGAACCACCGAGAUGCUUAUAAAUGACUUGGUCGCUGAAGCAGUGAGAAUAAGAGGAGAUCUUAAUGUCCUGAGGUCUGCCAACGAAGAUAGAGACAUGUCCGAUGAGAAUUUUGAUGAGAGUAUUCAGAAGACGAGUUGUAUUAAAGAGAGGUGGGCGAUGCGGCGGAGGAAUGCAAAGCUACAGAAUCGAAGGCUGUUGGGUGGCAAAUGAGUUCCGAGACAUGUCCCUUGAGCCGAGGACUUAGGCCAUACUUGUGCUGGAGAAUGCAUCCGGAAGAGAAUUUGCUAUACAAAACCCACAUUUUUGUAUAGUGAUUCCAUCUUGUAUUCGGUUUCCUUUUCUCCACGCCAGAUAUGAACUUGUAGAGGGCCAUAUAUAUCUUUUCAUUGAUAAACCAAUGAUAGGUUGAUUGUAUAAUUAUAGAGAGGUUGAUUGCCUUAUUGCAGAGGAAUGUCGGGAUGAGAAAUUAUAUGGAACUCUCAUCCUUCGAUGCUGAAAUAUGUUACCCAUACGAGCUACAGUGAAUUCUAUUUUCAUGAGUUAAACAAGAAUUACCGCUUGACGUGGUCAUUCAGGCA